AUGGCUGAAAGCAUGCUUGGCAGAGUGGGGAAGCUAUCCCCAAAGGCAUUCCAGGCUUUCCUCGAGUUGGUGGCUUCUGAGCUCACUGGGGAUGAAGAUGAAGUUGUUGAUAACAUCGUGGAAUUUUUGACCUCGAGAACGGAACGAAGUCACAUGGAGAGCUUGCAAAGCUUGGCGAGGAGGAGAUGGCUGCACAACAUCCAGCAGGCAGCUGAGACCAGCGGAGCACGGAUGGAGCCGGUGUACGACGCCGUGCUCAAGGCCCUCCUCAAGGAUGCAGAAGCCCACGGGGAUAACAAGAAGAUCAGUGCAUAUAUUGCCCUUUUGGAAGAAAACCAGCUCUCACCAGAGCGGGGACAGACGCUCUUACGCUAUGUGACAUGUACCACAGAUGAUGCUCCGUAUGUUCUAAACCAGACACUCUACAGAGACAUGAAAGGAGUAAGCUUUGCAGCUGUUGAAGAGGAAAAGCCAAUCCACGUCCCAAGAGUUCAGCUCCACGGAAAUAUCCACUUCUGGAACCAGGACCGCCCAGCUGAGCAGAGGAGAGGCUCAUUCCUGGUACUGCCAUUGCAGGAUGCUCACUGGAGAGUCUUUGGCAUUCUGGGACUUGAUACUCUUCGAGACCAGAGUGAGAAAACCAUCUUCCUGACCCAUGAGAUCAGCUUCUACCAGGGAGUUUCUCAUGCAUUCAGCAAAGCCUACCAGCAUGUGUGUGCACUAGGAAGUGUUCUGCAAAUGGCCCUCACUGCUCUGGACUGGUUGUAUCACAGAGUGCCCAGCAUCCACACUGUCAGUACGUACCUGGUGGAGCCUGGCAAUGAUCAGACGUGUGACUAUGCUCUGCGCAGGAUGAUUACUACAGACAGUACAGGACAAAAGGAAAUCCAUACCUCUCCUGUCCUCCUCCUCAGAAAAGAGAACUUUUUCAGGCCUAGCAGAAAAUUAGCUUCCAUCUUAAUGCUUACUGGAGGAGCUGCAAGCAAGCUCUGCAUCUGUUGUGAAAGAAAUUACCUGUUUAAGUGCACAGACUGUUCAGAGGUCGUUUGCAGUUCUGUCUGUGGAGAACAGCACAUUGCAGUGCCUCUCCGGGACCUGUCAGGACGAGCUCUGGGGUUAUUUGAUAUCAGCAUCGGACCCCAGCAGACAUUACCUCCUCACCAACAUAAGGACCUGCAGAGAAUGCUGAAGAUGGCCCAGGCUGCCUGUUCAGAAAUACUGAAGAUGCCUUCAGAGGAAACCAAAGCAAGCCGUGUACUGGAGGCAGAACACAGGAAUGUGAGGGAUGCAGGGAUUCUCUUCCACCGGUUCAUGCUGCAGGACCUACGUGAGUGUAUCCAGAAACUGAAUGCUGAGAGCUUUGCUGAAAUCAAGAGCUAUGAAGACCCGCCAGCUCUGGUACAUAACAUAAUGAAGGCUGUGCUGUUGCUUUUACAUCCAGAGUGGGAGGGCACGGAGAAGACUGAGAACUGGAAUCAGUGCAUACUGCAACUUGAUGACAAUUUAAUUCAGGAGAUGUAUUGCUUUGAUCCCACUGCUGCAUCCGUGCACGUUCAAGCAGAGCUGGUGCAGAACUGUAUCAAUGGGGCACCUCAGGCAGCAGUUUGGCCACAGGGCUCUAUCACAGCCCGACUCCUGGAGCGCUGGGUGCACACCUGCCUGUGCCUGGUCCAGCUGACAGAGAGCACGCAGAGCAACACGGCCCCAUCCUGCAGCACUGCCCACAGCAACGCCUCCUGUUAGACCACCAGCUGCUCACCUAACCCAGUGCUCCUGAUACGGGACACCUGUUUCAUUAAUUGUUUGCUUUUAUUAGUUAUGCGUUGCAACUCAGUGUCAUCAAAACAGUUUAGUAGGUGCCAUUAAGGGCAAUAAAAACAUUGCAAGGAAAUAAUUUUGCUAGUAUGAAUUUAUCUGCUAAGCCUUAAAAAGGCUGCUUAAGGCUUUAUUAUUAAAGUUCCAAUAAGAGAGGCUGGGAACACUUGAUGGCAACAGCAUUCAGAAGCCAUACAGCACAGAAGCUCAGGAUUCUCUCUCCUUCAGUCACAUUUUAGAAGCCGCUCUAAUUGAGGGCUGUUAAUCAGCAGUGUUAGCAGUUACAGGCGCGCUGCAGCACAGCCCCGCUGUUUUAAUACAGCCCCCAGCUUCAGCCUGCUGCAAGGCUGCAUCUGUGCAACACUCCUUUUGGCAGAACGGCUUCUUUUAAUAAAACUUCGGGAAAUUAAAUCCUUUUUUCUCUCUUCAGACCGGCGCCUCCACGUGUGCGGACGGGACGCCGGUCCCGCAGCACCCGCUGCCGGGUGGGGGAGGGGCGGGGGGAUGCGCGCGCUGCAGAUCGCUGCCUAUCCGCAGCGGCAUUUUCGCCACUCACCAUUCCGCUGUUACAAAAUUCGUCCCCUACCUCUAUCCCUUCCCGCUCGCUUCCCGCUACCCUUCUGGAGCAAAAAAGGAGAUCAGUGCGGCGGGAGCGCCGGAGAGAGGAAGGUGGAAAGUAGCAGAAACAGGAGGAAUCUGCUGCCGCGGAGCAGCAGACGGCUGUGCCCAGCGGCGGCCGGGACAAGAUGGCGGCGCUAAGCAAGCAGUGAGUGCGGGCCGCGGCGGGGUAGCGGUAACCGAGGGGCGCUACGGGGUCGCCGCAGACGACGGGCACGGGCUGGGUCCCGCCUCGCUUCGGGCCGGGGCUGGCGCUAACGGAGCGUUCGGUCGUCCC